AUGGUGACCAUCACGCGCAGCCUUCUGCUACGGCUAAGCACGCUUGCCGUUCUCCUCCUUACCGCCGCUUCCUCCAUCCCCACUGCCAAUGCGCUCAGCUUUUCCGUCGAAUCGGUCAACUGUACUUCGCUCGACUGGACGAUUACGCUCUCGUCGACAGAAUGGAGUGUCGCGUCGUAUGUCGAGCUAUUCUUCGUCUCGACGCAGGGGGCGCGCAACUACUCGCUGCUUUACUCUGCGUCGCCAGUGGGCGUCUUCCCGUCGCCGGCGACGUACAGCAAGGUGACGAUGUUUGGCGCGACGCGGUUAAGCGGCGGGUAUCGGAUUGGGAUUGGACUGGCGGAUGUGAACGGCAACUUGAUGACGACGACGUCGUCGAGUAGUUCGGGUGGGGUGCAGGUCACCGCGAUUGACGCAAGGACGUUUACAUUUGGGAAUUGUGUGUCCAACUCGCCGAGUGGUGCUGUUGCUGGGGCGACAGCUUCGAGUGCCGCAACUUCUGCCCGUACCAGUCAAGCCGCUGCUAUUUCUUCGUCGUCAGCAGUGGCGACUCAGGCGGGCACCGCUUCUGCCGCACCGCUGGCUUCUGCGACAUCCGCCUCGUCUUCCACCGCUGCAUCUGCUGCAUCUGGAACCCUCUCUCCCGCUUCCGCAUCUGCCACCCGCACCACUGCUGCCAUCAACAAGGGCGCGAUUGCCGGCGGAGUCGUAGGCGGCCUCCUCCUCCUUCUUAUCGCUCUCGCGCUGCUGCGCUGGUGCACCUCGCGCCGCCGAACGAGGCGCUUGAGUAUGGCAGCAGCACAGCGCAUGUCUGGCUUGCGUCCGCUCGAGCUAUCCGAGAAGCUGUCCGCCUCCUCGCCUGCCGCGGCGCACCGAACAGCGACGGCCCGGAGCUUCAACAUGUCCGAGUCUGGCGAUCCGUUUGAGGCGGUCGCGGAAGGGCGGCUGAGCGGGACUUCGGGGCGGAAAUCGGUCGGGUGGACGACGAGGUCUGGGUCCAGAAUGUCGGUCGUAUACGGGCUGGAUAGGGAGCAAGAAGGUCGAGCCGAGCACGAUGCCACGUUCUCCCACGCCGCGGCAGGGCCGUACUUCGGAAGGAGCGUAGGUGCGCAGUCUUCCGAGCACAUCCCUGCCUACCCUACCGCGCAGCAACACCAGCGCAGCAAGUCUGCACCCCUCGUCCUCGAGCUGCCCCAGAUCAGCGCCACUCCACUCACCUCGCCAAUGGAAGGUCCUUUCCGAAGCAUAACCCGGACGCCGUCCACCUCGACGUUCCGCAUCCCACGUGUGACUGUCCCCGCCUACCACACGCAAGAUGAUGGCGACGCCGCCGCGGCGGCAGCAGCAGCGGCAGCGGCGGGCGAGGCCUACACCGUGCAGCUGUCCCGGUCGUCGAGCACGAAGAGGCUGUCCACGGGUGGCGCGACUUCCGUGUCGUUGGACGAAGGGCCGUUUUUCGAUGCUUCCCAGGAUCGGUCUCACUUAGAUGCGGAGGAGUACCAUAAAACUCAUGUAUGA